AUGUCGACCGCGGCUGCGGCCGCACCAGCGGCAACAUUCGCUCUGGUUUCGCCGUUUGGUGAUCCGGCCCUGCUGCCGCACGACUCAAAGAAGGCUGACAUCAUCGCCAGCGGCGUCAUAACGCUGUUCCUCGCGGGCUGUUUUGUGGCAGCACGAUUCUACACGCGCAUGUUCAUCACAAGGACCCGAAUCGGCGCGAGUGAAUGGCUAGUUUUGUUGGCAUGGAUCUUCUCCUUUGGUGUCACCAUUCCUCAGAUACUGGAAACGGGAUAUGGCAUGGGCGCCCACGUCUACGACAUGGCCAUUGGCGACAUUAACUCCUCCGACAGCGCCAAAGCCGGACUCAUCUCCAUCCUCUUCUACUCGCUGUCCCUCACAUUCAGCAAGCUGUCCAUGCUGGCCUUGUACCUCGUCGUCUUUCCUUAUAACUGGGUCCGCUCCGUCAGUUUCAUUUUGCUCGCCGUCGUCGCCGUCGGCCAGACUUGGGUGCUGUACGUCAUCUUUUCAGCCUGCACGCCGCUCGAGGCCUUUUGGGAUCCGACCAUACUCGGCGCCACCUGCCACCCGCAGGUCUUCUGGCUCUCCAACCAGUACCUCAUGAUUGCCACCGACUUUAUGAUAUUCCUGCUGCCGCUGCCCGUCGUCUGGCGCCUCAAAGUCCGCCCGGGCCACAAGGUGCUCCUCGUUUUCGUCUUUGCCAUGGGUUUUUUUGUCUGCGCCAUCUCCGUGAUCCGUAUUACACUCAUCAUCCCACUCACCAACAACCCCGGCCCCGAUUUUACCUAUUCCGGCAUCGCCACAUACUACUGGACCGACGUCGAAACAAACCUCGCCAUUGUCGUCGCCAGCUCCAUCAACCUCAAACCGUUUGUCAGCUGCCUGCUGCCCAAGUCAUGGCUAUCCAGUCCCGACGGCGAUUUAGCGCACAACAAUAUCAACAACAACGGCCACCGGUACCCGAUGCACACCAGUCUCGUUGACCCCAUUGCGACUAUUGGGUCGCGCUUCUCUCGGCUGACGGGCCGUGCCGGCCCGGGGGAAGGUGCAGGCGCUGCCAGCCAUAAUAUCCAUGGUGGCCACAAUGACCCCAUUGUCGCAGACGACACAAAGGUCCUCAACAUUGCCACCUCUUCGCACGCCUCCCACAACUCCUCGUCGUAUCUCGACAACGACUCGCAGUCCACAUCGAACAGCCAUACUAUCGACGAAGAGUUGGGCCUGCCACAGCAUGAAGCCGGCAGCGAGCUCAAGUCGCAUUUGCAGCACGCCGUCCACAGUGUGCCCAGCGACCAGACGCUGGGCCAUGACAGACGAUGA